UUUGUUGAUUCAGAUUUGCCUACGACACCCAGACAGUCCAGAAAUACCCUUACAGCACCAUGGUCCAUUCCCUGUUGGAAUCCAACCGCGUCCAAGAGCUCGACGAGUUGCUCACCACCCUCAAGCCCAAGCUCAUUGAGUACAUCCAGAAGAGCGACUUAUCCUCGGAGCAGUACCAGGCCAACGGAUUGGGAACCUACCACGUCCCCUCUCAGCUCAAGCAGCUGUUCUUUGCCGAAGACAUGGACAAGGGAGUCAGAGGAGACGGCGAGAUCUUCGAGGUUAUUGACAGAGUGUUGCAAUACUCAGUCAACACCUGGCACCCAGGCUUCUUGGACAAGCUCUACGCGUCCAACAACCCUAUUGGUGUGGUCUCCGACUUGUUGUUGAGUAUUCUCAACACCAACUCCCACGUUUACACCGUUUCGCCUGUGUUCUCAGUCAUCGAGAACUACAUUGGCAGAAAGUACGCUCAGCUCUUCUUCAACGGCAGUGCCACCUGCGGAGGCCUCACCUUCCCAGGAGGUUCGUACUCCAACAUCACGUCAAUGCACAUGGCCAGGUCCCUGAGAUACCCUGACACCAAAGACGAGGGCAAUGGCAAGUACAAGUUUGCUAUCUACACCUCGGAGCACAGCCACUACUCUGUGGAAAAAUCGGCCAUCUUGUUAGGAUUGGGCCUGAAACAAGUCUUCAAGGUGGCCACACAUGGCGACGGCUCCAUGAACGUGGAGGAGUUGGCAAAGGUGGUCGAGGAAACCAAGGCUCAAGGCUACACUCCUUUGUACAUCAAUGCUACUGCUGGUACCACCGUGUUUGGGUCCUACGACGACUUCACUGCCAUCUCCAAGGUCGCUCGUGCACACAACUGCCACUUGCACAUCGACGGAAGUUGGGGAGGAAACGUCAUCUUCUCCAAGAAGCACGGAGUCAAGAUGGCUGGAAGCGAAUACGCUGACUCCAUCACUGUCAACCCCCACAAGAUGUUGGGAGUGCCCAACACUUGCUCAUUCUUGUUGAUCCCUAAGGUCAGCGAUUUCCAGAGAUCCAUGUCACUCAAUGCGCCAUACUUAUUCCAUGGAAGAGAGGGCUCCGAGGAGCCAGAAGGCGAGCGUGAAAACUACGACUUGGCUGACGGAACCAUGGGAUGUGGUCGUCGUCCCGACGCCUUCAAGUUCUACAUGGCCUGGUUGUACUACGGCCAAAAGGGCUUCGAAGAAAGAGUCGACCACGCAUUCGCCAUUGGCGAGGACUUUGUCUCCAAGAUCUCCAAGGACGACAGAUUCGAGUUAGUGGUUCCUGGAAUCCCACAGUGUUUGCAAGUCUGCUUCUACCACAAGAUCAGUGGAAUCCCAAACACUGAGGUCACCAGAUACGUUUCCAGAGAGUUGCACAGCAGCGGAAAAUUCUUGGUGGACUUUUCGCCUCGACCACAAUCCAAGAAGGGAGGCGAAGACAGAGGUGAAUUCUUCAGAGUUGUUUUCAACUCGCCCAUCUUAACUGACAGAGUGGUGGACGAGUUGAUUGCCGGAAUUAUUGAGGCAGGAGAACAGUUGAAGGCCAGUAAAAAAUAGAUUAGAAAAUAAUGGUUAGAAUGCGAUUAAAUAGAUAUAUUAUAUGAUUAGAACGAGGAUUUAAAUGAGAA